GGGAGGAGGAGGUUGCAGGUAGUUGUGAAGGCAAGGCUGAAGUAACUAAAGGAAGUCAUUUGGACGACACUAAGGCAGUUUUCACUGGUCUGUGAGCACAAUGAUGUGGAGUGUAACUGCAGAAUAUAGUAACGGUAGUAAUACAAGAGAGAAGAUGAGGAGAUGCAGAUCUGCAUAAACCGUUCUUUCUGAAAUUACCUUGAAGAACUCUGAAUUCUUGCUUUUUUUUCCGUCUUAAUGCUAAAGAGUUUUUACGCUGAAAAUGUCAGUGGUUCGUCCUGCAUUAAACCGUACCUGCUCAUGUGGCACUCACAGCUGCCCUUCUUUCAGUGGAUACAGAACUGUUGUGGUGAACCUUUCAGGACAAGUGGGAUUUUUUAACCAUUAUUUUCAAUGCUGCUGUGUAUUCUGGCACUUGAUGAAUUGUUAUGACAGGAGAUUGCGGAAGACAGGGCCUGAACGGGAGAACAGCAGAAAUGAUCUAGUUGCUCCUCCAGCUCGCUCACGGGUUAAUGGCUGGACAUUGCCUCUUCACUCAUUCCAGUUGAUCGCCUGGGUGCUGUACGUGUACCUAGCUACAGUCGGCUUUGGAAUUUACAUACCGUUGUUGCCAUACAAUUGGAAAUACGUGGGUUAUGCUAUAAUUGGCCUGAUAUUUGUCUUUCACUUUGUCGUUCACUUGGUUGCUGUUUCCAUUGACCCUGCUGACAACAGUGUGCGUGCCAAAAAGAAUUACAACACUCCCAUGCCAAUGUUUGAUCGGACUAAGCAUCCUCAUGUCAUUCAGAAUCUACACUGCUACCUGUGUGAGGUGGAUGUGGGAUCAAAAGCCAAACAUUGCAGUUCCUGUAACAAGUGCGUUUCUGAAUUUGAUCAUCACUGCAAGUGGCUGAAUAAUUGUGUGGGAGCAAGGAACUACUGGUUUUUCUUUUACACUGUGGUCUCGGCAGUCCUUGGCAUCCUGCUUCUAGUGCUUGUGGUCCUUUACGUUUUCAUCCAACAGUUUGUGAACCCUGCACAACUACGCACUGCUCCUCAGUUUAAAAAUCUACAAGGAAAUAACACUUGGCUAGCCUUCUUGCCUGUUGCACCCAUUGAGACGUCAAAGGUUGGAAUUCUGGUCAUUGCGGGUGUCACCUUUCUCCUGGGUAUUGCUUCGCUCCUGUUACUCGGCCAUCUGCUGGGAUUUCACGUUUAUCUGUUGUUCAAGAAAUUGAGUACAUAUGAGUACAUAGUGCGAGAACGCCACAGUCAGAAUGUGCGAGACCAUGGGAACGAUCCCGAGUCAGCACGCACUGCUGCUGCCAGAAUGACCUCUGCACAGGAUAAGCCCACAGCAAAGACUCAGCUAGAUUCAGAACUUACCACAACAGCCUCCAGGUCAAGUGCUUCCAAAUACCAAGACCAGGAACAAUUCACCAAUAGAACAUCAAAUGGGAUCUGCCAAGAGACCUUCAGUGUUUCUACAUCCGCAAUCCCCUCUCACAGUCAGCAGGAACCAAAUAAGCGACCCAGAAAUGGUUUACAAGAGGACAGUAACAUCGACGAAACUAAAUUUGUAUCUGAGAAGACAUCUACUGCUCAGUCCAAUCCAGAACCACAGGACAAGUCUGAUGGAACGCUACAGAUUGAUCACAAACACUUGAAGGAGCCUCACCGAGAAAGCCUGGAGUCUAUAGAAGAGAUCCCAGUGGUGCAAAAUCCUCUUGGCAGUGCCACUAUGGAAAGUACGUGCACAGAAGAGACGAGUAAUACACACAAGAGCUUGGGAGCUUCAAAUGAAAGCGUGCUUUUGGACAACACCUCGAGCUUGCUGGCAAAUCCAAGGAGUUCUGAACAGUUGGCUCCAAAGCCGAUGGUCCAGAAAGGCACAAGGAUUCAUCUGAACAAACAGAAAUAACUUACUAAGCACAUUUAUUUGUUAUCAAGCGAAUCCAGAUUUCAUCUGGGCAAAAUUGAAUGAAUAUUUUCCUGAUCUCUGAAUGAAAACUUUGCGAUAGAAAGUUGAUCAAUGCAGCAGGGAUUCUUGAGGCCUUCGUGUGAUAGAUCAAGCCCAAGUGCCUAAGUCAUUCUUCUGUUGAGAAGCAGGGUUUAUUAGGCAGGCCUGGAAAUUUUGAAAUUCCAAAUGUUUGCAUUCAAUGUGUCUUUGAAUGCUGUGCCUGAAGCUGUAUGAAUGCUGUGCCUGAGGCUAUGAUUCUUUCUUAUGCUGUGCCUGAACUUAUAAGCGGAGUUGAGUGAACAGGGACAUGAUAAACUGUUGAGCUUACGUGGUUUGAUGGUAGAAUAGACCGCAUGAUCUAGCCCAA